AUGAGCAGCGAUUCAAAAGCCAUCCGCAACACCGACGCUUUGGGGCGCGCUUACAUGCAGCUGCUUUCUUGCACCCUCGGUUUAGAGAAGGAGGUUGAAAAAUAUUAUGUCCGAGAAGAGGCCAUCAUUCGCGAGCGUGUUAUGCUACUCGACAAAAUACAAAGUAACAUCGCGGAAGAGCGCCGUUGCUUGGAGAUAGAUCACCAGGAGUGUCGCUCGAAGAUAAGUGCCACACGCAAAAAUAGUCUUUCACUGCGCGGUGAUGAGACGAAGUUAUCGCAAAUAGCCUCGCAUACAGAGGCACAGUUAGAUAAGGAGGAGAAGUCGCUGAACGAGCGCCUGGCGUGGGUGAAUGAGCGAAUGCUCAGUGAAACCCGCGAAUUAGAACUUAUCACGGAGCAGAUUAACAAAUGUGAGAAGAAUCAAAAACUCUUGGGUCAGCGGGAGGAGGAGCAACACAAAGCGGAGCGAGAUCUUGAUAUGGCCCAGCGGGAGUUGAAGUCGCUGGAAAAAGAGAUUGACGAGCGAAAGUCAUCACUUGAAAAAAAACAUGAAAACAUUGUCAUGUGGAACCGGUCACUGGACAACCGAGAAAAAGAACUUGCGCGAUAUCAGGAGGAGUUUAGGGAAGAUUUAAGACGGGUAGAAGAGGAAGAGAGGCGCUAUGGGAUUUACAAUAGUUUCAGCAAGGUGGCACCGACCGUUUCUUUACGUGAAGUGAUGGAUGACUACAACAUGUCUAUUGAAAAGGAAAGCCUCUGUGAAGAAAUCGAAAGGGAUGAAGAGGACGACACGUUGCCGUAA